AUGUCCCCCUUGAUCACGAAGUUAACUCCUCAGUACUAUCAUCUACACUCAAACGACAAUCAACAUGGAAGGAACACCUGCCAGGUCUUUGAAUCCCCGCGGGCUGGUGGAUUCGAAGAGUCCAACAAGAACAUCGGUACCAAAGGAAGACGAAGUGCAGUGCGCACCAUCAGAACAGUCCCCAUUGUCACAGCAGCCUCCAUCGCCAGGGCGGUCUCCAUUACUCGAGAAGUCUCCGUCGCCGGAACAGUGUGCACAGUCAGAGCGGUCUCCAUUCCCAGAGCAACCUCUGGUGCCAGAAGAGUCUCUGUCAUCAAAACCAUGUGCGCCACCAGGACAGUGUUCGCUGCCAGAGCAUCCCCUGCUUGUAGAGCAAUCUUUACCAGCAAAGCUUGCUUCAUCGCCAAAGCAGUAUGCGCCACUAGAUCGUUCUUUGUCGUCAAAUCAGCCUCCAUUACCAGAAUUCUCUCCGUUGCCAGAGGUCUCGCCAUCACUAGAGCAUUCUCUGCUACUAGAGCAACUUGCAUCGCAAGAGCAGGCUUCGUUACAAGACGUGCCUCCAUUGCCGGGACCUACUUCAUCGCCCGAACCGUAUCUACUUUCAGAGCAUAUUUCAUCGCUGAAACAGGUCCCAUCGCCCGAACAAUGCGCACCGUUGGAGCCGCCUCCACCAGAGCAAACAUCCUCGCCAGAGCAGACUUCUUCGCCGCCAGAACAAUCUGCAUCACUAGAAUUUCCGAGCCCUCAAACCCGCCGUGGCCAUCCGAGCUGCCGUCUUCAGCAGGCCUAUCUCCUUCACGAGAAGACCGCUCUUCCUCACUAGGCUUCUCCCUAUCACCCAUAGAAUACACCUUGCGCGACGAACCACUCCCCUCAAUCCCUUCCCCCUGCCUCCUCCCCUCUCCCGCCAUCCCCUCCUCCGAACCACUCAUUCCAGAGCGCUACUCCUCCCCCGCCCCCAAAACCAUCCUCGAAAAGCUACUCGAAUGGCCCAUCCCCGCCCCCAUCCUUUCAAUGCUCAACCUAGACAACAAAACCGGAGAGUUCUGCCUCACCCACACCGACCUCCUCACCUACCUCCGCAACCACCGUGAAGAAGCAAACGACGCAAAUCCACCCUUCCUCAAGGACCCGGACAACAUCCCCAGCAUAACAAUGGAUCUCUCGGAUUUACCGUCCAUAUCUGACCCGCUACCUUCUAUUGAUCUCCUCCCUUACCUCCUCAUCUACACCCGCUGCCCAGACGUCACAUUCCGCACGCGUGGUUCCCCCAUCGUACACGACCGCAUCUACAAGUUCUUCACCGAGCUCGUGAUUCCGCGGCGCGCCUUUUGGACGCGCUGCAUCGCAGAAAACCCGGGGAUAAGGGAGGUCCGGAUCUUUUAUCCCGGGAGUAGGUGGGCACGGGAUUGGAAUUGUGUGCCGUGGAUUGAGUGGGAGAAGAUUAGGCGUUUGGGUGGGAGGGGCAUGUUGUUGUUGGGAGUGUGGAGGGGUAGCGGGUGGAGAUGCCGGGGGAGCGGGUGUGGGGAGGGUGGUCGGAGUUGGGCUGGGGGAGACUGGGUAUGCAGAGUUUGGGUGUCUGGUGAUUGUGUUGUGGUAAGGUUUAAGAGCUGCCUCGUUGAAUUGGAUAUUCGGAUAUUGUUCAUACGGUAUGGCAACGUGGCGAGUGGCCAAUGUGAACGAUGGCAGUCGAUACUAGGAUCUUCUUAUCCAGCAUCUCGACAGGCUGUUUGA